AUGCGAUCGCAGUUGCCAAUACCUCGGAAAUUUAACACUGUUUACAACGUGCAGCUGUGUUUUAUUUCUGAAUUCAGCAAAAGUCGUGGCGAACAAGUUCAAACUACAGAGAAGCAUUCUUAUGACGGGGUCUCGGAAAAGGCAGGCCGUGGAUUCCGGGACCUCACAGCUCCACCCUUCGGUGCUGACCUUGGAACACUACAGGCUGCCCUCAGUGUGGACACAGUGCAGGAGUCACGGCCCCAGGGAAACAGGGAGCAGUCUUUAAAGCUCUUCGGAAGAGGAAGAGUGUGCGAUAUCAUGCAGGGCUUCAAGACUGACCUGCAAUUCCCAGAGUUCGGCUGUCAUGGCACUGCAAGAAGUAGUGCCUACCUGGUGGUACUCUUCGAGGAUACCAACUUUUGCACCAUCCACACAAAGCACAUCACCAUUAUGCCCAAGAAUGUCCAGCUAUCAUGCCGCAUCCACGGAGAGAGGGCAUAA